AUGCAUGUACUCGAUAGUUGGACAGAAAAGGAAAGACAGCCUCCGGUGAACCUCGCUGUUUGUGAAGAACUUCUAGGUAGGACUUCGAACCCGACUUCUGCCUCUCGACUACCCCCGUCUAGGCUUGGGCAACCUGGCAGUAUCGCUGCCCUCGUGCUCCCAUCGGGUAGCAUGGCAGCUAGGCACCGAAAGAUUCCUCACAUAUCACCGCCUUUGGUACAACAACCGCCGGAACUUCUCCAGCCCAUGGGCGACUUGGAUGGUGUACUGCUCGUACAACUUGACCGCCUACCGUCUUUUCACCAAGGCGAGAUACGUCGUCAACGGCGUGCGAACAAAUCUAAGUUGCAGAUUGACGAGACUAUCAGGAUGACGACGGCCGAACUGCGGUGGAAUAUGGAUCACGGAGAAGAUACAAUGAUUCCGGUGGCAUCGCGUCUAGCCGAACCAGCCAGCCGGACAAAAACGCAAUAUUUGCUGUCGCGCUGUGUUCCUCGUUUGUUUGCUCGACCUGCCAGACCCAGAUUAGUGAACGAUAUGGGCUUUGCGGUUCGACUGUAUACUUAUGUGGGGGCGAGGUGGUUAGAGCGCGAAUUUACUGACCGGAGGGUCCGUUGUUCGAACCCGACCUCUGCCUCGCGACUUUUCCUGUCUAGACUUGAGCAACCUGACAGUAUCACAGCCCUCGUGCCUCCUUCGGGUGGCAUGGCAGCUAGGCACCGAAAGGGUGCUAAGGCUGGGCGAUUUUUUUAUGAGGAUGGAGGGGCGAGACUGCUCAAGUGGUUAGUGCGCGAAUUUACUGCCCGGAAGAUCCGUGGUUCGUCCCCAACCUCUGCUUCUCGGCUUUUCCUCUCUAGGCUUGGGCAACCUGGCAGUAUCUCAGCCCUCGUGUUUCCUUUGGAUGAGGAGCUUGGUACCCUCUGGUGUCGACACCGUCGGUGGGCGGAAGAUCAACUAAAAUUGGGCUGUGACUUACUGGAACCGAUGGUGAGUUUGGAGCCGUUGGAUCCGGCACCGGGACGUCUCACUGACAUGGCCGAAGCGUCUAUCGAACAGCCACGUGCUGCACAAGCAAAUUCAUCUCUCGGCCCAUCUUCGUUGUCGCUUCUUGGCACUUCCAAUUUACUGAAUAUGACGGUGAUUCAGCUCUGGUGUCGACACCGUCGGUGGGCGGAAGAUCAACUAAAAUUGGGCUGUGACUUACUGGAACCGAUGGUGAGUUUGGAGCCGUUGGAUCCGGCACCGGGACGUCUCACUGACAUGGCCGAAGCGUCUAUCGAACAGCCACGUGCUGCACAAGCAAAUUCAUCUCUCGGCCCAUCUUCGUUGUCGCUUCUUGGCACUUCCAAUUUACUGAAUAUGACGGUGAUUCAGGUCCGUGGUUCGAACCCGAACUCUACCUCUCGACUCUCCUUGUCUAGGCUUGGGCAACCUGACAGUAUCUUAGCCUUCGUGCUUCCUUCGGGUGGCAUGGCAGGUAGGCACCGAAAGGGUGUUACAGCUGAACGAUUUUUCCCCGUGAUUCACGACGGUUUCAGUCACCCGUUUCUUAGCUGA